CAGCACCUUGUACCGCCCCCGCCCGCACACUGGGGCCGGUGCUGGGCCCCGGGAGGGGUGGCAGUGCCCGCCGGUGCCUCCCCUCCCUGCCCCCGGGAAUGAGGAAGCAGCUCCGGCCACCUUCAGCCGUCUCUCAGCAGCGUAGUUCACCACCGGCACCAUCCCCUUGCACUGAGUCCCCAGGUGCAGGUACCUGUCCCCACGCGGGGAGUGGGGGUGCUACCUCUGGACAUGGCUGGGCAGAGAGGAGGGCUGCCCCUACUGCUGCUGUGCUUUGUUGUGCCGGACCUCACGCUGGGGGCCACCACCACAGAUAGAACAGCCACCGUGUCGCCAACUCUACCUACCUCCUCAACACCCACAGAGACCACGGCGCUGCUGCCAACCACCAGCUCCACCACGGCAGCCACCCUCCCUCCUUCCAGCCCUGAAACCUCCACCCCAGAGAUGCUGACGGAUGCCUUCACAACCAGUGCUACAACACCUCAUGGGAGCAGCCCGGCACCCUCCAGCAUCUCCACACUGCAGGCGAGGGGCAGCACAGCCCACAUCAUUCCUGGGUCACCUGUUGGCACCAUGGUGCAGCCUGACCUCACCCCAACAGGGCUGGGGCUCACCACUGGCACCCCAACAGGGCUGGGGCUCACCACUGGCACCCCAACAGAGCUGGGGCUCACCACUGGCACCCCAACUACAACCCCCAUGGCCAUGACACCCAACUGUGCUGAGACGACCAUCGUCACGUCUGUGGGGACCAGCCCGGCCCUGGCUGUCAGCUCGUUUGGAGUCGAAAUGAGCACGCAGCCUCCCUCUGCCUCUACCCUUCUCUCCUCCGCCUGGGUGGGCACUGCACUGGGCACCAGCACCCACCAAGGGCCGGCCAUGACCGUGCCGCCUGGCAGCACAUCCCCGGGGACCGGCAGCGCCUCUUCUCCCACCGUACCAGCACUGACAGCCACUUCAGAUGAGCCCUCGACGGCCCUGUUGGACACCACAACCACCCCUGUUACCAGCACAGGGGUCCCUGGGAGCACAGCCACCUCCAGCGAGCCAGCCAGGACCACGGCUGGGACCACCCCUGGUACCUCCACCCCGACAGCACCCGAGACCCCCAGUGACGCCGCGGGGAGCACCACCACGGAAGUGACAGCAACCAUGUCCCCAACUCUCCCUACCUCCUCGACACCUAUGGGGACCUCAGCGCUGCUGCUCACCACUGACUCCACCACCAUAGCCACCCUCCCUCCCUCCAGCCCUGAAAUGGGAGCCUUCACCACAGAGAGGUCCAGCACAUCCCCAGGGACCAGCAGCACCUCACCUCCCACUGCACUUCCUCCCACCCCACCAGCACUGACAGUCGCUUCUACUGAGCCCUUGACUACCCUGGCAGACACAACAGCCACCACUGUUAUCAACACAGGGGUCCCUGGGAGCACCCCUGCUCCCAGCCAGCUGGCUGGGUCCACAUCCAUGACCACCCCUGGCAUCUCCACUCCGACCAUGUGGCUGACCUCAGGCACCCCGACAGUAUCUGGGACCCCCAGUGCAGCCAUGGGUAUGGAGCCCUCUUCCCCUGCCACUGACUCAACCCUGACCCCAGAGGUUACCCUCAGCAUCCCUGCAGAUCUGCCAACGACACUGCCUGUCUGCCCCACUGCCAAGUCCAACACUAGUGCAUCUCACCUGUUUCUGUCACUACGGCUAACCGUCCCCCUGGACCUGGGGAACACCACGGUGCAGGAGCUGGUGUUGUCCAAGCUCCGCAGGGACCUGCAGACAGUGUUCCCGUGUGCCGGCCUGGCGGUGGAGUGGCGAGGGAAGAGGAGGACCUGACUGCUGCUUCUUGCCUGGCUGUCACCUGUAUGACUGGCAACGCUUUCUGCUCCCAGCUCCUUACUCUGCAAGCAGUGCAGCCCUUUGGGAUAUCCUGUACAGCUCCCCAUGAACUUGGGACCCCCCGUCCUUCACUGCACAACUCCAGAGGACCCCCAGUGCCCCACAUGGGCUGGGGUGACCCUGCCCCUUCCUGCAGCCUAUCUGUAGAGCCUGAGCCCUCCCACCACCCUGCACCAGACCUGGCUCCCACAGUGGGACCCCCCCAGUGCUGUUGGAGAGCUGGGAGGAAGGAACCCUGCAGAGGCUGGGCUUUUACAGCAGGGACUGAGCUGGCUCAGCCACAAAAGCCACCCGGAGGACCAGCAGAUGAGACCUGGAGCCCCUGGUACCGCUGUGCCCAGGGCACUCAGGGGCUCAGUGCUGGUGACCUCUGAGGUUUGCAACCUGGGAAGGCUGUGGUGCCUGAGGCCUUCAAGAGAUGCUCCAUGGAUUCUUCACAUCCAGAGUGGCCCACAGUGGAGCUUGGAGUGGCUCUGGGAAGGAGGAAGGAGAGGAAACCAACCCCCUCUCCCACUCAAGCCCUGUCAUGGGGCCAGUGGCACACCGGCUCGCCUGCAAUAGCACUGACAGAGGAGCACACCCAUGCCAACAAAGGCCAGGCAGUAAAAGGAAAUCCCACAUUUUCUGUGGCAAAAAUGACUUCUUUUUUCCCAGGUUGCCUUCCCCAGUUUUCAGCUUCACCAUCUAGCAGAGGUACUGGCAAGGAAACCCAGCUGAACCCCAAAAGCUUUGUAGAGGACAGACAGGCUCAGGGCUGCCCCUCUUGGCAGGGUCUGCUGCAGACAUUUCUGAGGAUGGCUCUGCACCCCGACAGGCUGGGGGCCCCUGCUUUGAUUCUCUCUGCCCCAUGACACCCUGCUGGGGUAGCUGUGUGCAUUGUGGGGCUGUGGAAAUCCCAUGGGUUGUGCUCCUUCCCUGUUUUUUUCCAGACCCAAGCUAAGGAGACAGCCACAGCGUCUGUCCCCCUGCAGCAAAGUCAUUUAUUAACUGAUUAAUUAGCCAGAUAAAAUCCAGACGAAGCAA